AUGUACCUCAGGGAUUGUAAAGCUGGCUGGUCCAGCCUCAUUGCCAUCACAGUGCAUGUCUACCUGGAGUUUGUAGAUGGUGGCCCUGCCAAGCCAGUGCCCAGGAUCACUUUUAAACCAGACCCAGGCAUCAAAGGCAGUCUUGAACUGGUCAUAGACAUCAGGCCACAGAUGCAACUUGGAGCUGAGAAACUGCAGAACUUGUUGGUAGUUGUUGAGAAACUGAGGCUACUGCAGAACUUGUUGGUAGUUAUUGAGGAACUGAGGCUAUUAGUGGUUAUACAUGAGUGUGGUGCCUCAACAAAGCAGUGUCAUACACUCACCGGAAUACCAUCAAAUUUGGAUUUGAAGGUCACACCAUCUGCUAGGCCUGAAACAUUGUGCUGGCUAUACAGAGGCUGCACUUGGGGUGCACAAGGCAUUAGGCUGGUGCCAGUGUACUCCACUACCAUGGCUGGUGACAAGCCUACUCUGAUGUUGGAGCAGCUACCAUCUGUGGACCAAAUCACUGGCAAAAGGAAGCAACAUAGAGGGGUGGAGUCUUCUGCUAAGUGGAAGCAACACCACAAAGAAAAGAUGGGAGUCAACAUCACAAAGAGUGGGUGGCAGGGUAAAUCAGUUACAAAGCUGUCUCAGGAGGACAUUGUGGCUUGCUGGUGCAGUGGCCAUAUCCACAAAGAAGUCAGCAAAUUUUUGCAACUGCCAUUCUUGGGAACAGGCCACAGCCCACAAGCUGCUUUGAAGGUUGUUGAUGUUCACGAUCAGCUCUUCUUCUAUCAGUGUUUCCCUGUGCCUUUUCUGAAUGAAGAGAAUUUCCUUUAUAUCCACAACACUGAUAUUGGAGGCCCAUACCAGCAAAGCUGA